AUGAAAUUUUUUAGUCUAGUUCCAAUUUUCAUUAUUUUUUCGAAAAAUGUAGUACAGUGCGGGUACUUACCAGUGGGUAUGGGUAUGGGCGGUGGAGCAAAUAUGAUUGGGGGCGGCGGUGGAAUGAUGGGAGGGGGUGGAGGGAUGAUGGGCGGUGGUGCAGGAAUGAUGGGUGGUGGUGCAGGAAUGAUGGGUGGGAAAAUGACAGGCAUGGGCGCUGGAAUGAUGAAUGCCGAGAUGGGCAUGAUGGGCGCUGGAGGUGGUGCGGGAAUGAUGGGCGGGGGUGGUGCAAUGAUGGGUGGGGGUGGUGCAAUGAUGGGCGGGGGUGCUGGAAUGAUGGGUGGUGCGGGUAUGGCUGGAGGAGCUGGUAUGGGAGGAGGUGGUGGUCUUCACACUAACAUCGGAAUGAUGGGAGGUGGUGCCGGUAUGAUGGGGGGCGGAGCUGGAAUGAUGGAAACAGGUAUGAUGGGCGGAGGUGGUGGAAUGAUCGGAGGAGGCGGCGCAAUGAUAGGAGCAAGCGGAGGAAUGAUGGGUGGCGGCGGCGGUAUGAUGGGGGGCGGAGGUGGUAUGGGCGGCGGCGGUGGUAUGAUGGGCGGCGGCGGUGGUAUGAUGGGUGGAGGAGGUAUGAUGGGAAUGGGAGGAAUGCACCACGGGUAUGGAGGAGGAGCAAUGGAUUCCGGCUCUUAUAAUAAUGGAAAGAAAAAUUUGAACGAUAUGCGAUAUGAACAAGGAUACGGAAAAGAAGGUGGAGAAUAUAACAACGGACAAGGAGGAUACAGCAAAGGCGAAGUAGCUGGUAAAGAUAUGAAUGGCAAUGCGGGAUAUUACAGUGGUGCCAAUGGCGGUAAGAAUGUAUAUGAAGAUGGCAAACAAUAUGCUGGAGCACAAAAGUUUGACCAAGAAGGUAAAAAUGAAGCAGCUAUCAAAAUGAAUAAAGGUCAUAAGAAAGGUCACAAAAUGAAGGGCUUCAAAAAUUCCCAUCAAAAACAAGAAUCUGGAAAAACCGAGGAGUUCUACGAUGAGGACCAUGAUGAAGGCGGCAACUUCAUGUUUAACAACCAAGCUGGCACCUUUGGUGAAAAUGCCGCUUCUUCCUACAAAGGAGGUAAAGAAGAUGGUAAAUUUAACACUGCUGAAGCCAAGAAGGAAGGACACUUCAAUAAAGAAUUUAUAGCGGAUAAGGCCAAUGCCAACCAAGGAAGGUAUGGUGAAUCCAAAUUCGGCAACAGUGGUUCUAUGUAUGGAAUGAACAAUGGUGCAGGUGUCAACAGUAUGGCUGGCCAUCAUCAGUCUAGCAAAUUCUUUAAGCAUCAUCCUUUCUAUACCUAUUAUUACUAAAAAUAAGUAUAAAACUCCCAAUCCGAUGAUGUUAAGUUAUUAAGUAAGGUCUGUGAUAGAGAUAAAAACUUUAUUUUACUAAUUUUUUAAAAGCAACAAAACAUUAUUUAAUCCUAGUAGUUAUCACUAACACAGUUGAUGAAUUGUAAAUGUAUGUACCUAUGUUAACAGAAUCAAUUUAUUGUUUAUAUUGGUAAAUAUAUAAAAGUAAAUUACCUACCUAAAGGUUUACUUUUAUUACUAAAUAUUUCAAUUUUUACGUCUUAAUUUCAUAUAAUUUUGUAUUUUAAAUUAUCAAAAACUCUUAUUUUAUCUGAGUAAGGGUCGAUCUUUUAAUCUCUGAGUAAAGUUACAUGUACGUUUACUUGACAGAUUAACAAACAAUAGCCUUAUAGUUUAAUCAGCAAGUAGUUACUUUCAACUAUACUCGGAGGUAAAAAUACUGGCCCUCAGGGUACAAAAUAAAACUGCCAUAGACGUACAUGAUUCCUAUUUUUACAAAACCAAAUGUCAAUAAUUUUAAGUCGCACAUUGUAUUUAUUUUGUGAUGCAGUAGGUAUAUAUUAUAAGAUAAUUGCGUUGGACUAAAAUUAAUGUAGGUAAAUAUUCUUCAAAUAAUAAGACCAAAGUAGGAGUGGUUAUUUUAAAUUUCAUGAUUCUCUGCAUUAAUCUAAUUUAAAAUUAUUAAAAAAAGAAGAGAAAAUGUAGAAGAGCAAAAUUAAUUUUCUAAUAUUCAUUUGAAGUUUAGAAUAAUUUAUCUUUGUGAGCUUUUUUAAAUUAGUGCUGUUAAAAUUUUCUACUUAUAUGCAGACUUAUUUGAUGAGAACUUUGAACCAUAAAAUAGAUUUUUAUCGAAAUUAAAAUUUUGAUUUUUAAUAAAAACAAAAAAUACGGAGCAA